CUCUCCUCCUGCCUUGUGUCUGUGAGCUCCCAUUUCAGCCUACCCAGCCUGUGCCUCUCUCUCCUACUCACAGUCUCUCUCACAGAGUCUCACACUCUCCAGCUACAAUGAAAACCUCCAAGCAAACAACAUACUCUGUGCGCUCCUCCACCAGUAGCAGGCCUUCUGCUAUAUCCAUCACCCGUACCUCUACCCCUGUCUACAGGGCCCCCACCAUCCAUGGUGGGGCCGGUGGGGCCCGCAUUAGCGUCUCCUCUAGUGUGCGCAGUGGGCUGGGAGCCGGUAUGGGAAUGGGCGCCGGAGCAGGGGGCUUCUCCAGCAGUGUCCAGAUGAGCUCCAGUGGGAACAGCGGUGACAUCAUGGGAAAUGAGAAGUUCGCCAUGCAGAACCUAAAUGACCGCCUGGCUAACUACCUGGAGACAGUGAGGAACCUGGAGCAGGCCAACCACAAGCUGGAGGUUAAGAUCAAGGAGGCCCUGGAGAAGAGCGGACCUGACUUCAGAGACUACAGCAAGUACCAGGUCAUCCUGGACGACCUGAGGAAGAAGGUGUUUGAUGCCACCACUGACAAUGCCCGCCUGGUUCUCAACAUCGACAACGCUCGCCUGGCAGCCGAUGACUUCAGAGUAAAAUAUGAGUCAGAGCUGGCCAUCCGCCAGUCUGUGGAGGCUGACAUCGUUGGUCUGAGGAAGGUCAUCGAUGACACCAACAUUAGCCGCAUGAACCUGGAGAGCGAGAUUGAAGCCUUGAAGGAGGAGCUCAUCCACCUCAAGAAGAACCAUGAAAAUGAAGUUAUGGAGCUGCGUAACCAGAUUGCCCAGUCAGGAGUCCACGUGGAUGUUGACGCUCCUAAAGGACAGGACCUGGCUCAGAUCAUGGCAGAGAUAAGGGCCAAGUAUGAAAAGAUGGCACUAAAGAACCAGGAAGAACUCAAAGCAUGGCACGAAUCUCAGAUUACAGAAGUGCAGACCCAGGUCACUCAGAACACAGAGGCCCUGAAGGGUGCACAGACAGAGGUGAAUGACCUGCGCAGACAGAUACAAACCCUGGAGAUCGAGCUGGAUUCACAGAGAAACCUGAAAACGUCUCUGGAAGGCACACUGAGGGACACAGAAAUGCGUUACAACAUGGAGAUUGAGUCUCUCAACUCCGUUCUCCUGAGUCUGGAGGCAGAGCUCACACAGCUGCGUAACAACAUCCAGCUGCAGACGCAGGAGUACGAGUCCCUGCUCAACAUUAAGAUGAAGCUAGAGGCAGAGAUUGCAACAUACAGACGGCUGCUGGACGGUGAAGACUUCAAGCUCCAGGACGCCCUGGAAGACCAGAAAACAGUGAAGACCAAAGUGAUGACUGUCACACAGACCCUGGUGGAUGGCAAGGUGGUUUCCUCCAGCACAGAGACCAAGAACCUCUGAAUACCAGAAGCAACCACUUGACACUCCCAACAAUCACUGUCACUGCAUCUUAACACUAACAUUCGAUUGGCCAAAACUGACCUUUUUCCCCAAUUGGCUCUUGUUACUUCAACAGCACUAACCAUUAGAGUCUCAGCCAAUGCUGCAAUUAGUUUGAUUUCCUGGGUAUACAGCUCUUCCACAGGCUGAUAAAAAAAACUGGAUCAGAGGAAAACAAAAUCAUCUUCUAUUUAUUUCAUCAUGAUGUUCUUUUAUUUAUGUGUUUGUGUGUUGACCUGCAGGUGGUCACAAGAGUUCAGAUUUGGAGAACUGUAAGCUUUUUCUGAGAGAAACUGACUGAUAACAUUGAAUAUUUCAAAGUAAUCAAAGAGUCCAAUUAAAAAUAAACCAUCUUUUUUUUUUUUUUUUUUUAAUAUUUCAUCAUUUUUGGUUUUCUUUCUGUCCAGUUGAGUCUUCCUGUUGUGCUGUGAUGUUCAGACAUAUCAAUAAAGUCCAUUCCAGAAAUUC